UUACAAUUUAGUUUUUGUAAAAGUUUGUUGGACAGCAUAUGUGUGCAUAUUCCUCCCCCCUUUGAAACACCUUUGAAAGAAUGAUUUCUUUCAGUAGUAUUAUGUCAUUAAGGCUUCUCCCGUCCUAGCCGCGUCGUCGGCUGUGUUGCUCUAUGGUUGUUGGUGAAGGCAUUGUCUUAAUAGCCUUUGUCUACGCAAAAUGGUGAACAAAAUAAAAAGAUCAUACAGUCAGUAUGUGACAGUCUGUCGUAUUGUCAUAGAGUACACAUAAGUGUCAAAAUAGUAACCUCUGCUCUGCGUUAGCUUGUUGUAAGCUUAUUAUUUUUGAUUUAUUUUCUUGAGUGUUAUUUAAUUUUAAGUAAUAGUAAAGUGGUGUAACUUUUUAAGUGUAUGUGAUAUAUAUCUCAACAGAGCGAUAGAAAAUGGAUGGUCCCCCGGGCAAUAACGGAUCAAUGGGACCGCCGGGGAUGCCAAGCUUUCCUCCUAUGCCGCCUCCACCGGGCGCCAUGGGUCCCGGCAAUAUUCCUCCCCCAGGUGCAAUGGGUCCCGGAAAUAUGCCUCCACCUGGCGCAAUGGGUCCUGGUAAUAUGCCGCCACCCGGUGCUAUGGGUCCUGGGAAUAUGCCUCCACCUCCUAUGGGACCUCCUGGUGCAAUGCCACCAGUAUCAGGCGCCGGUGGACCACCAAAUAUGCCACCAGGCAUGGGGCCUCCGCCUGGUAUGAUGGGUAUGGGACCACCUGGAAUGGGCCCCCCUCCUCCGGGAAUGGGGCCUCCUCCACCAGGCAUGGGCCCUCCACCGGGUAUGGGGCCUCCACCUGGUAUGAAUAUGGGACCUCCUCCAAUGGGCCCACCUGGGAUGGGACCCCCAAGAAUGCCUCCUAAUAUGAUGCGUCCUCCAAAUAUGAAGGGCAAUUUCCCUAACCAACAAAUGGACAUGGGUCCACCCGGUAUGGGUCCUCCGUCUAAUAUGCCGAUGGGGCCUGGACCUUGGGAUGGGCAGGGUCCCCCAGGCUGGGGUCGGCAAGGUAGAGAUGGUCCACCAGGCUGGGAUGACCAAAGAGAUGAUAGGGAAGACAAUGAUCCUGAAGCCGAGGACCAGGGACCGCCGCCUGGUCCUAAUGCUCUUCCUUCCUUGUUAACUAUGAAGAUUGACACACCAGAAGAGUUCCGCAACAAGCCAGCUCCUGUUGGUGGGGUUGUGCUACCUAAGGCCCUAGAAGAAGCUCUGGCAUAUAAAGAUCAGAGGCAGGCUGCACUGGGAGACGAAGAUGAGCAGCAUGAAGAAGACAAUCCUCCGGAGGCCCCACCAGCCCCUGUGAUCAGCACAGAGUAUGACGCAGAAGAAGAUGAAGGUGAUUCUGAUGAUGAAAAUAUUCUGGUUGCACCACUUCCACCAGUUAUAUCAAGACAAGAGCCCACUGUGGGAACAAAUGCAAGUAAAAAUAAGCAAGCCAGCAAAGCCAGCAAGAAUAAGCGUAAAAAGAAGAAGAAGAAGGCAGCAAAGCAAAAGCGUAAAGAAGAAAUUAAAAACAAGGAACCACAAACUGCCAAAGUUGAUGCAAAGAAGUCCAGUGGCAAAGAAAACGAGAAAGAGGCAGAAAUUGAAUACAUACAAGAAAGUGUUCAAUUUCAUGAGUUGGAGCCAAUGUACCGCCAGUUCCAUCGUAUACUUGAAGCAUUCAAAAUCACAGAAAAGAAAGAGGAGGUGGUUACCGAUGACAGCAAAGAUGUGCCGAAGCCAGCCAAGCCUCAGGAGAAAGUCCAAGAUCAGUUUGCAGCUGAUGAAGAGGCAGCUGAGAAAAAUGCAGCUGAUGAGAAAGAGCGCAUGUCAAAGCGCAAAUUGAAGAAACUUUCGCGGUUAUCAGUGGCAGAGCUAAAGCAGUUAGUUUCGAGGCCCGACGUAGUGGAAAUGUAUGACGUGACGGCUCGAGACCCCAAACUUUUGGUGCAGUUGAAGGCUCAUAGGAACACUGUGCAAGUGCCACGCCACUGGUGCUACAAGAGGAAGUACUUGCAAGGAAAGCGUGGUAUAGAAAAGCCACCCUUCGACCUACCGGACUUCAUAAAGAAGACGGGCAUUAUGGAGAUGCGCGCAUCGCUGCAAGACAAGGAGGAGACCAAGACUUUAAAGGCGAAGAUGCGCGAACGCACCCGGCCCAAACUCGGCAAGAUCGACAUCGAUUAUCAGAAGCUCCACGAUGCCUUCUUCAAGUGGCAAACGAAACCGCGCAUGACUAUCCACGGCGACCUCUACUACGAGGGCAAGGAGUUCGAGACCCGGCUGCGAGAGAAGAAGCCCGGGGACCUCUCCGAGGAACUGCGGACCGCACUCGGAAUGCCCGUUGGACCUGGUUCCCACAAGGUGCCCCCACCAUGGUUGAUCGCUCAACAGCGAUACGGGCCUCCACCUUCAUACCCCAAUCUAAAGAUUCCCGGGUUGAACGCACCCAUUCCCGACGGCUGCGCGUUCGGAUACCACGCUGGAGGGUGGGGAAAACCGCCCGUAGACGAGACGGGGAAACCUUUAUAUGGCGAUGUUUUCGGACACCAGAACAGUGGCCAAGAUGAUAAUGAAGACCAAGAUAUCGAUAGGACAAUGUGGGGAGAGCUGGAGUCUGAAUCUGAAGAGGAGUCGGAAGAGGAGGAAUCUGGUGACGAAGGCGAGAAGCCAGGCGAAGGUGAUCUAGCGGCAGGCGUGGUGACUCCAGGCGAAGGUCUGGUGACUCCGCUGGGCAUCAGCUCAGUCCCGCCCGGUAUGGAGACCCCCGACACCAUAGAGCUGAGGAAGAAGAAGCAGGACACAGACCUGGAGGGCGGCGACACUCCCGCCCUCUACCAAGUAUUGCCGGAACGCCGCGUGGGGCUGACGGCCGGCAUGAUGGCCUCCACGCACGUGUACGAUAUAAACGCGGCCAAUCCAGGCAAGCGUGCAGUGGGCGGGGCGACGAGCGAGCCGGGCGCAGCAGGGCCAGGGGCGGGCCCGGGCGCCGUGGACGUGGCCCUGGACCCCUCGGAGCUGGAGCUGGAGCCCGAGGCCGUGGCGGCGCGUUACGAGCGGCACCUGCGAGAGCACCGCCCAAAGGCCAGGGAGGACCUGUCCGAUAUGUUGGCUGACCAUGUCGCCAGGCAAAAGAACAAGAGAAAGCGACAACAGAAUACAGAUUCCAAACAAGCAAAGAAAUACAAGGAAUUCAAAUUUUAAAAGUGAUAAUUUUAAUAGUUUAUUAAAUAUAGUAUUAAGUAAUCUCUUAUGUUAUUAUUAAUUCCUUGCCUUCCUAUUGGUAAAUCAACAGUGCGAAACCUAAAUAAAAUUUAAUUAGUGUGA